GAGGGCUAGGGCGAGGGUACAGAGCACCCCGCUUUUCAGACCCCAUCUGUCUGCAUUCCCUGCAAGACCCUCAGUCUCCCCACAUCUGGGGACAGAGGAGGCAGACAGUUGAAGAAGAGGAAGUUACGGUAGUUGGGUAACACCGAGUGCUCCCCAGCUUGGGCUGGCUUGAAACUUUGGCCUUGGUCACGGGGGCCCUGGAGAAGCUGGGGCCAAGCCAGGCACCCACUUCACAGGCAACCAUGCUCUCUGGGUCGGAGCCCAAGUCAUGUGACCAGCAGCCCUUUGAUUCUGGAGCUGCAGCCUCAGCCCCCAAGAGCAAACAUGGACCCUGGAGACCUGAGAAGCCAGGUGUCUUCACCACGGAGGAUGAGCAGGACGACAGUUUCCCAGGAGGGCUCAGCGAGAGCACAGAAGAUCUCAGCCUGGAUUUGGAGGCCCUUCGGGGUAGCGAGUAUUUUCAGGACCUGGGCUUAGGGGACCCUUCCCACAACCAGCCUAGAGAAGCUAGAGAGAGCGAGAACCCUGGCAAAGAAAUGAAGAGAAAUCCGUCCUUGUCCAGCUCAGCGGGGGCCCAAGUCCUGCCAAGGACACAAAGCUGGGAGAGGUCUCGGAGUUGUUCUGGGGGCAGGCAGAGGCUCAGUCUGGACACUCCCGCUGCAGACACGGGGCCCUGUCUCCCACGCUGGCUGGCUAGCAUGGCUCUUAAUCUGUCAGGAGACGGGCUGAAGACGGAGACCCAAGGCCGUCUGUCUGGAGAUGGGACCUCAGCGGAACACCCAGGCAAGGAGUUCGGCAGCCCCGAGAAGAGAGUACUGCGGUCCAGAUCUGUGCCCCUGACCUGCAAUGACAUCGGCUGUCUGGAACUGGCUCCAGAUUUUGAAGUGUGCACUUUACCUGGCCAAGAACUACAGCCCCCAGUGCUGCAAUGCCUAGCAAAGGACCACGUGGAGCCGGACCAUGUGUUGAUGGUACAGGAAGUGCUUCAAGAACUUCGACAAUAUCAUGGGGCCCGGCAGUGGGCUCACCUGUCCACCAGCCCUGGGGGAGCCCAUUCCAGCCUCACCUGGUUUGAGUUCCUAUCUGAGAAUGAGAAUGGAGCCAGCAAGAAUGAGAAGACAGACAAGAGCACCAGGGUGAAGCGGAGCCUGAGCUCCCUUCGCAGCCGGGUCACCAGGCAGAAGGAGAAGGGGAAGAGCCCAGUUCUUCUUAGAGACAAAGCUCAGGAUGCUUGUGAGAGGCGUGAAUGUGCCAACGGCCACCAGCUGGUACCAGGGACCUUCUCUGGACACUCCAGCUGCCCCCUGUGUGGCAAGCCUUUGCUGAGCUCUGCCUCGCUGAAGGAGCAGCCGCCACGGGCCACCCUCCUGUCCCAUGGCAGCCCGGGCCCUGCCAGGAAUGUCGGCAUGACGGUCGCUCAGAAAGGGGGACCCCAGACAACAGUAAGCCUGGCCGGAACUGGCUUACGACUCGGAUCAGCCACAGGAGAGAUGGAUGAAGCUGACUCCGUGUUCCUAAAACUGAAGCAGGCAGCUGACGACUCUCUGUCACUUACACCUUCCAAUGCAGACUCAGUUUUCCUGGAAGAUCCCUAUACUGCCUCACUGAGGAGCGAGAUUGAAGCUGAUGCCCAUGAGUUUGAGGCUGAGUCCUGGAGCCUGGCAGUGGACUUGGCAUAUGCCAAAAAGCAAAAGAAAGAGGUGGUGAAGAGGCAAGAUGUCCUGUAUGAGCUGAUGCAGACGGAGGCACACCAUGUGCGGACACUGAAGAUCAUGCUCAAGGUGUAUUCCCGGGCCCUGCAGGAAGAGCUGCAGUUCAGCAGCCAGGCCAUCAGCCGCCUCUUCCCCUGCGCCGAUGACCUGCUGGACAUGCAUGGCCACUUCCUGGCCCGCCUCAAGGAGCGCCGCCUGGAGGCCCUGGAGGAGGGCAGCGAGCACAACUAUGUCAUCCAGAAGAUCGGGGACCUCCUGGUGCAGCAGUUUUCCGGUGAAAGUGGGGAGAGAAUGAAAGAAAAAUACGGGGUAUUCUGUAGCGGCCACAAUGAAGCCGUCAGCCAUUACAAGUUACUGCUGCAACAGAAUAAGAAAUUUCAAAACUUGAUCAAGAAAAUCGGCAACUUUUCCAUCGUGCGGCGGCUUGGUGUGCAGGAGUGUAUUCUCCUGGUUACCCAGCGCAUCACCAAAUACCCGGUGCUGGUGGAGCGCAUUAUUCAGAACACAGAAGCUGGCACAGAGGACCACGAAGACCUCACCCACGCCCUGAACCUCAUCAAAGACAUCAUCUCCCAAGUGGACGCCAAGGUGAGCGAAUGCGAGAAGGGCCAGCGUCUCCGGGAGAUUGCCAGCAAGAUGGACUUGAAGUCCUCCAGCAAACUCAAGAAUGGGCUCACCUUCCGCAAGGAAGACAUGCUGCAGAGGCAGCUGCACUUGGAGGGCGCCCUCUGCUGCAAGACUACCUCCGGGCGCCUGAAAGACAUCCUUGCUGUCCUGCUCACUGAUGUGCUUUUACUACUGCAAGAAAAAGAUCAGAAAUAUGUCUUUGCAUCUGUGGACUCUAAGCCGCCUGUCAUCUCUCUGCAAAAACUCAUCGUGAGAGAAGUAGCCAAUGAGGAGAAAGCCAUGUUUCUGAUCAGCGCCUCCCUGCAGGGGCCUGAGAUGUACGAAAUCUACACCAGCUCCAAAGAGGACAGGAACGCCUGGAUGGCUCACAUCCGGAGGGCUGUGGAGAGUUGUCCUGAUGAGGAGGAGGGGCCCUUCAGCGAGGCUGAGGAGGAGAGAAAGGCAGUCGAGGCACGCGCCAUGAGACUCAGGGACUUCCAAGAGCGGCUAAGCCUGAAGGACCAGUUGAUCACUCAGAGCCUGCUGGAGAAGCAGCAGAUCUAUGUGGAGAUGGCAGAGAUGAGCGGGCUCCAAGAUCCCAGCCAGUCCCAGUUCCCUGGGCUCUUCCGUGGGGGUGACCCUGCCGAGACGCUGCAGGGGGAACAGCUCCUUAAGUCGGCCAUGAGUGAGAUUGAGGGCAUCCAAAGCUUAAUCUGCAAGCGACUGGGCAGUGCCAAUGGACAGAUGGAGGAGGGAAAUGGCCCCUCGGGCCUGCCCCGGAGGGCAGAGACUUUUGGGGGUUACGACAGCACUGGCAGCCCCAGCAGGAGUGGCAGUUUUAAGAAGAAGGUCUAUAGCAACGACCCCAGGCCUCGAGACUGGCGAGGCCCUGCCAGCAGCCUGGAUGCGAAGCUCGGAGAUGGCGACACGCCAGGAGGCAGCAAAGAGUCAUGGCAGGCGGCUGAGGUGCCUGGGGCAGAGACUGGCCCCCGUCUGCCUACUAUCCUGGAGUCCGAGCUUGUCCAGCGAGUCCAGACAUUGUCGCAGCUGCUCCUAGGCCUGCAGGCUGUCAUCGCGCAGCAGGACAGCUACGUGGAGAUGCAGCGGGCGGCCAUCCAGGAACGGGAGAAGCAGUUCAGGCUGCAGUCGACGCGUGGGAACCUGCUGCUGGAGCAGGAGCGGCAGCGCAACUUCGAGAAGCAGCGCGAGGAGCGUGCGGGUGUGGAGCGGCUGCAGAGCCAGCUGCGGCAGGAGCAGCAGCGCUGGGAGCGGGAGCGCGCGCGCCAGAGGCAAGAGCUGGAACUGGCAGGCGCGCGCUUGCAGGAGCGCGAGGACGAGGCGCGGCAGCUGCGCCUGCGCCUGGACCAGGAGCGCGCCGAGCUGGAGCAGCACCGCCAGGCCUACCAGCAGGACCUAGAGCGGCUGCGCGAGGCCAUGCGCGCCAUCGACCGAGAACGAGAGCGCCUGGAGCGCCAGGAGCUGCUGCGCCGGCUCAAGAAGCAGAACACUGCACCUGGGGCUCUGCCACCGGAGGCACUGGCCGAGGCCCAGCCCCCAAGCCACACCCCCAGCUUCAAUGGGGAAGGGCUAGAGGGGCCAUUGGCCCCCACCAAAGCACCAGGGACCCGGAUGAGCAUGCUCCUGUCAGGGGCCGGGCCUGAGUGUGUGGAGCGCCCUGAGGUGGCUCGCAGGGACAGUGCUCCAGCCAAAAGUGACGUGCCCAUCCAGCUGCUGAGCACCACCAACCAGACUCAGAGGCAGGCGGCUGUGCAGCAGCAGAUCCCCACCAAGCUGGCCGCGUCCAUCAAGGGCGGCAAGGACAAGGGCGGCAAGAACCGAGGCUCGCAGCGAUGGGAGAGCUCAGCAUCAUUUGACCUGAAGCAGCAGCUGCUCCUCAACAAGCUCCUGGGGAAGGAAGAGAAUACGUCCAGGAACCGCCGCUCGCUCAGCCCUGUCCUGCCUGGCAGCCAUGGUUCUGUGCCCACCCCAGAUCCCUGCUUCCCACCCCCAGCGGGGGGCCCACUUGUGCCCCCAUCCCCCUCGCCGCUGCCAGCCACACCCAUGGCCAGCAAGGAGGAAGCCAGCAAGGAAGAUGUCAUCUUCUUUUGAGGGGUCAACACCCCAGGUGCAGGCCCUGCUACGUCCUGCACAACCUCUGUGUCUAGAAAACGCCUCCCCAUGGGGUGACCAUGCCUGCUCAGUUGACCCUCUUUCUUGCCCAAGCACCCCCCUCCCAAUGCCUACCUGGCCAGGCUCAGCCUGUUGGUGCUGCGAUCUCUGGGUACUUUGUGUGGGAUGGGGAGCCCCCGGGGACUCCCCUAGAUCUGUGCAGGAGCUUGGGCCCAUGCUCAGCCAAGGAGCUGCUUUGAACCAGAGCACCCUGUCAAGUAGGAAGAAGUGACCCCUCUCCCCCAGUUGGUUUUCUGGGCAGCAAGGAGCUGGAGGAGACAAAGCCUCCAUGUCCAGAGGCCACCACCAAGCGUGGACAUCAUCAGGGCAGCUGCAAGGAUGGAUGUUCAAAGCUAGGCAGUCUCCCCUGCAGGGCAGAGACACACACCCCCCCAACAGUGACAGACCCUCAGCCAGCAAGUGAGGGGCCACAGGUAGGGUGGGCUAUGGUGGCCUGCCAAGCGGCGCGGAGCUCAGCUUAAAGGGGGCUGACCACCCAUUACCCUUGUAACUUGGCAUAGAUUUUUCUGAGCACUGCUUUUCAAGGGCACCCACCCAUCUCACCCUUCAGUCUGUCUGGGACCUCAGCCCUCAGGCUCCAGCCAGGGCAGACACCCCCUAAGUGGAAGGGUCCCCAGUUUCCAUGAAAUGGAUGUUUUCCCUGGGGCCCCUGGGCACUGGUAUCUCCUCCAUGCAGGUGUGUGAAGGAAAGGUAGAGGGACAGCAACACAGGUGGCUUGUGCAGGUGUCUCCUCCCUUGCAUGGAGCCACUGCAGCCUGUGGGUGAACCACCACAGGAAAACGGGCUGACCUUCAGCGCCUACGGCCAGCCAGGCUGCUCAGAGCUGCCUGGCUUCCCAGGGCAGGACUUGGCAGCAGGACCAGGUCCAAGGCUGGUCAUUAUAGUUCUCCCGGGUUCUAGGACCCCAGCGAGGGCUAAGUGACCUGACUGGAAACCAUGAGGAAGGGCCCCCAGGCCCCGGGCAGGUGGACAGACCGAAGCUGGGGGCCAGCCAGUGGUGGUGACAGGACUUAAGAGCACAACAAUGACACCGUGUCCCUUGACUUUGUCCCCUCCGAACCUCAGCUUUGCCUGUACUUGUUCUCUUCCAUUCAUAGCCAUCUCUCCUGUGUCCUGAGCACGGCCCCCUUACACACCUGUGCCAUGUUCCAGUGUUUUGUACUUUUGUACUGAGUUAUCCAAGCACUUUAGAAGAGCUGACUAACUCCUUGCUGUUAGAACCCUGCCUCGAACCAGUGACACCCCUGUCCCGCCCCCAGGGCCACACACAUCUGUCCUCCUGAGCUGGCCUGUUCCAGUCCCAGCCAGAGACACCAUGCAGUGGGCCUGGGUCCUGCUCUCUAUGCACGAGGGCAGCUCUGAUGGGGGCAUCUCUCCCAGCACCCCUCAGCCAUUCAUGGCGGGGGGGGGGAAGCAUUCUGUUUGCAAAGCUGGUGGCCUAGUGGCACUCGGGUGUAGGUGAGAUCUGUGCACGUGGUCUCCACCCGUGGCCAACACAAUCAUUUCUGGUAAUUAUUUACGACGCCUCACUGCGUGCGACAUUCCGGGACCAGAUUCUAGCAAUAAAAGUGUCUUGAGC